AGCCUCCCGCAGCGGCAGGCGGUCCGCGCCAUCCUCAUGCAGCUCCUCCCGCCGCCUACCCGCACCGGAACAAAGACUCAAAUGGAUGCUAAAAAGCCAAGGAAAUGCGAUUUGACUCCCUUCCUGGUUUUGAAAGCAAGAAAGAAACAAAAGCUCACCUCUGCGAAGGUUGGAAGUAAACCUUCAGUUCAAGUCCAGAAGCCACCUGCCAAUACCAAGAACUCCAGAAUGACCCAAGUCUUUCAUAAGAACUCCAGUGUUACUUCACUCCCCUUUGUGGACGCCAAGGGGAAGAAGAAUAUGGUAAGCUUCCCACACAUUAGCAAGAAAGUCCUGCUGAAGUCAUCCCUGCUGUAUCAGGAGAAUCAAGCUCACAAUCAGAUGCCGGCCUCAGAGCUCAAGGCUUCAGAAAUACCUUUGCACCCUAGCAUUAAAACCCAGGAUCUCAAGGCAGGGGAGAAGUCACCAAAGAAGCACAAGGUGCCUCUGACAGCGGCAGAGGCCCUAAAGCUUUUUAAGAAUCAGCUGUCUCCAUAUGAGCAAAGUGAAAUCCUGGGCUACGCGGAGCUGUGGUUCCUGGGGCUUGAAGCCAAGAAGCUCGACCUGGCUCCUGAGAAAUUUAGCAAGACGAGUUUUGAUGAUGAGCAAGGCUCCUAUCUGAAGGUCCUGCAUGAUCACAUUGCCUACCGCUAUGAGGUUCUGGAGAUGAUCGGGAAGGGGUCCUUUGGACAGGUGGCCAAGUGCUUGGAUCACAAAAACAAUGAGCUGGUGGCCCUGAAAAUCAUCAGGAACAAGAAGAGAUUUCACCAGCAGGCCCUGGUGGAGCUGAAGAUCCUGGAAGCUCUCAGAAAGAAGGACAAAGACAACACCUACAAUGUGGUGCAUAUGAAGGACUUUUUCUACUUUCGCAAUCACUUCUGCAUCACCUUUGAGCUCCUGGGAAUCAACUUGUAUGAGUUGAUGAAGAAUAACAACUUUCAAGGCUUCAGUCUGUCGAUAGUUCGGCGUUUCACUCUCUCUGUUUUGAAGUGCUUGCAAAUGCUUUCUGUAGAGAAAAUCAUCCACUGCGAUCUCAAGCCCGAAAAUAUAGUGCUGUACCAAAAGGGCCAAGUCUCUGUUAAAGUCAUUGACUUUGGAUCAAGCUGUUAUGAACACCAGAAAGUAUACACGUACAUCCAAAGCCGGUUCUACCGAUCCCCAGAAGUGAUCCUGGGCCACCCGUACGACAUGGCCAUUGACAUGUGGAGCCUGGGCUGCAUCAUGGCAGAGUUGUACACGGGCUACCCCCUGUUCCCUGGGGAGAAUGAGGUGGAGCAGCUGGCCUGCAUCAUGGAGGUGCUGGGUCUGCCGCCAGCCGGCUUCAUUCAGACGGCCUCCAGGAGACAGACAUUCUUUGAUUCCAAAGGUUUUCCUAAAAAUAUAACCAACAACAGGGGGAAGAAAAGAUACCCAGACUCCAAGGACCUCACGAUGGUGCUGAAAACCUGUGACACCAGCUUCCUGGACUUUCUCAGAAGGUGUUUGGUAUGGGAACCUUCUCUUCGCAUGACCCCGGACCAGGCCCUCAAGCAUGCUUGGAUUCAUCAGUCUCGGAACCUCAAGCCACAGCCCAAGCCCCAGACCCUGAGGAAAUCCAGUUCCUUUUUCCCUUCUGAGACAAGGAAGGACAAGGUUCAAGGCUGUCAUCACUCGAGCAAAAAAGCAGAUGAGAUCACCAACAAGACUACAGAGAAAACAAAAGAUGGCUCCACGAAGCAUGUUCAGUCUUCAGGGGAUCAGCAGGACUCUCUCCAGCACAGAGCUGACACUGUUCAGCUGCCUCAACUGGUAGAAGCUCCCAAGAAGUCAGAGGCACCUGUUGGGGCAGAGGUGUCCACGACCUCCCCGGGACAGAACAAAAACUUCUCCCUCAAGAACACAAACAUUUUACCCCCUAUUGUAUGACCUUUGCUGAGGGUAUGUCCUGCUCCUUUCCACCAGUGAUUUGUAUUAAGACAGCACUUAUAUUGUACAAUACUUCAGACUGUUUUUUUUACAUACAUAAAAGUUUAUUUUUAAAAAACUCUAUUAA